CAGUGUGGAUGGUUUACUUGUAUAUUUUCCUUAUGAUUAUAUUUAUCCAGAGCAAUAUGCUUAUAUGCUUGAACUCAAACGAGGCUUGGAUGCAAAAGGGCACUGUUUAUUGGAAAUGCCCUCAGGCACUGGCAAAACAAUAACUCUUUUAUCAUUAAUUGUAGCAUAUAUGUUAGAAAAUCCAUUGGAUAUUACAAAAUUAAUUUAUUGUUCUCGCACAGUACCAGAAAUAGAAAAAGUCAUAGAGGAAUUAAAAAAACUGAUGGAUUAUUAUGAAAAGGAGACAGAAACAAAACCUAGAAUUGUUGGUUUAGUUCUUAGCUCAAGAAAAAAUAUGUGUAUUCAUCCAGAGGUAAGCAGAGAACGCGAAGGUAAAAUUGUUGAUGGACGUUGUCAUUCUCUGACAGCAUCAUAUGUUCGUGAAAGACAUAAUUAUGAUGAGUCUACACCAAUUUGUAAUUUUUAUGAAGGAUUUGACAUGGAAGGCAAAGAACAAACGAUGCCACCAGGCAUAUAUUCUAUUGAUGACUUGAAAGAAUAUGGAAGAGACCGUAAUUGGUGUCCAUAUUUUCUUGCAAGGUUUACAAUUUUACAUGCUCAAAUUGUAGUGUACAGUUAUCAUUAUUUAUUAGAUCCUAAAAUUGCAGAAACGGUAUCCAAGGAAUUAAACAAAAGUUCUGUAGUAGUAUUUGAUGAAGCUCACAAUAUAGAUAAUGUAUGCAUUGAUUCUAUGAGUGUGAAAAUAAAUAGAAGAAGUUUGGAAAAAAGUUCAGCAAAUAUACAACUUCUUGAAAAGACUGUUGCAGAGAUGCGAGACGACGAUGUAAAUAAAUUGAAAGAAGAAUAUGAAAGAUUAGUAGAAGGAUUAAAAGAUGCACAUGUUGCAAGGGAAACUGAUAUUAUCCUGUCUAAUCCUAUUUUACCAGAUGAAAUUUUGCAAGAGGUGGUUCCUGGUAAUAUAAGAAAUGCAGAACAUUUUGUUAGUUUUUUAAAACGAUUUGUAGAAUAUUUGAAAACGCGUUUACGUGUACAGCAUGUAGUUCAAGAAUCUCCUGCUGCAUUUUUGAGAGAUGUUCAAUCAAAAGUUUCAAUAGAACGUAAACCAUUAAGAUUUUGUGCUGAAAGAUUAGCUUCUCUUUUACGUACUAUGGAAAUAACUGAUUUAACCGAUUUUUCGCCAAUAAUAUUAGUGACACAUCUUGCAACACUAGUUUCUACGUAUACAAAAGGAUUUACCAUUAUAGUAGAACCAUUUGAUGACAAAACACCUAAUGUUUUAAAUCCAAUACUUCACUUCAGUUGUUUAGAUUCGUCAAUUGCAAUGAAACCUGUAUUUGAUAGGUUUCAGUCAGUAGUAAUUACUUCAGGCACAUUGUCACCAUUAGAUAUGUAUCCAAAAAUUUUAAAUUUUCAUCCAGUCAUAAUGUCAUCUUUUACUAUGACAUUAACUAGGCCUUGUCUUUUACCUAUGAUUGUAGCAAAAGGUAACGAUCAAGUCGCUAUAUCAUCAAAGUAUGAAACCAGGGAAGAUGUUGCUGUUAUAAGAAAUUAUGGUCAACUGUUAGUUGAAUUCGCAGCUACUGUUCCUGAUGGUUUAGUCUGCUUUUUUACAUCUUACUUGUAUAUGGAAUCUGUUGUAGCUGCUUGGUAUGACCAAGGUGUAGUAGAUCAACUUCAAAGGCACAAAUUACUAUUUAUUGAAACUCAAGAUUCUGCAGAAACAAGUUUAGCUCUUAUAAAUUACAUAAAGGCGUGUGAAAAUGGAAGAGGAGCUGUUCUUCUUUCAGUAGCACGUGGUAAAGUAUCAGAAGGAGUUGAUUUUGAUCAUCAUUUAGGAAGAGCUGUUUUAAUGUUCGGAAUUCCUUAUGUAUAUACACAAUCCCGUAUUUUAAAGGCACGUUUAGAAUACCUUCGUGAUCAAUUUCAAAUUAGAGAAAAUGAUUUUUUAACUUUCGAUGCGAUGAGACAUGCAGCACAAUGUGUUGGGAGAGCAAUUAGAGGAAAAACUGAUUAUGGUAUAAUGGUAUUUGCAGAUAAGAGAUUUUCAAGAAUAGAUAAGCGAAGUAAAUUGCCAAAAUGGAUACAGGAACAUUUAACUGAUGGUUUAUGUAAUUUAUCAACUGAGGAAGCUGUACAGAUAAGUAAACGUUGGUUACGACAAAUGGCCCAACCAUUUACACGUGAAAAUCAAUUAGGAUUAUCCUUAUUAACACGAGAACAGCUUGAAAAAGAAGAAUAUGGCAAAAUUGAACAGAAGGCGCAACAAAAUUAA